CUUCGCUGACGGUUCCCUCUACACCGUCACCACUCGCCAUGCAUUCUGAGUAACGGACUCAGGGUUUUAUUUUUGGACUGCUAUGGAGCCUGUGCCUUCCAUUUGAAGGAAGGGGGAAUAGUUGAACUCAACAUGAGUCUCCCGUUCUGACAGUCCAAGCUGGGACAAGCAGGCAGCCGCCGGACACCCCUGAACAGCAGACAAACAGGGGACCUUGUCUGAAGUGUCUUCAACUGUCUUCUGUUACAGUCAUCUCUUGGGGGCUGAAGAUUUAAUGGAUGUCAAUAUUGGCAAUGCUGCCCAGGCAGGCCUGCUUUCCCAGCAGUAUCCCCCACCUUUGCUUCCCAAACCUGGGAAAGAAAAUGUCCGGCUCCAGAAACUCCUCAAGAAAACGGCGAAGAAAAAAGCUGCAGCCCAGGCCUCGCAACCAUCGGUCCCUUUCCGCUCAAGCCUCUCUCCAGUAAAUGAAGCAAGUCCUGACCUGGAGCAUAGUGAUCACUCAACUCCUCCUAAGACUCCAGAGACACCUUUCUACGUAGGCACGGUACACCAACGCUUCAGCGUCCGACCACUGUAUCAGCAUGUGUCGUCUCCUUAUCCUCAUCACAGAGGAUUCACCUACGGCAAGACGGCAAGGUUUUCACCACAACCGUAUACAGCUUCCCAAAACCUGUCUACAGCAUUUCCAUACACAGCCUCACCAGUACCAGGACUUGCUACGGCUCCGGUCACUAUUCUACAAACUUCACAAAGAGUGGAAGUCAGCUCAAAUCUUACCACUCAUGUAACCUCUAAAUCUCUAAGCCCUCAGCCAAUCGUUUUGCAUGUUUCUAGAACAGCAAAACCGUUGUUUGAAGUUCCUCAAAUCACCAAUUACACAGCAAAGACAGUAGGUGUGAGAACACCUCAUGCAUCACCAACGAGGAGUAAAACACCUACUGCAGAGUUAUUGAGAGGCCCAACGCCAACAUUUGAGGUUAGAAGGAUAGUGACACCAACGUCUGAAAUAAGACGAGACAGAACACCAACCAGAGAGAUCAGAAGGGUUACAACUCCAACAUUUGAAGUCAAGAGGAUCACCCCAACUUCAGAAAUUAAGAAAAGCCUAACUCCAACUUCUGAAGUCAAGAAAGAGACAAUUCCAUCUCCUGAAAUGAAAAGUGUCAGUACUCCUACUUCAGAGACUAAGCAAAAUGUAACACCGACACCUGAGACAAAACGGGGUACAACUCCAACACUCGAGGCAAAGGAGGCUACAACACCAACAAGAGUAAAGACACCAACAUAUGACUUUACCUCAACAAAAACACCUACAGGGCGACCCAAGACACCCUCAGAUCGUGUGUCACGUGUUAAAGUACAUGUGAUUGAGAUUUCAAGACCAAAUCCACUUUUAUUUGCUGUAUCGCCUGUGCACAUGGAGGGCAGAAGAUCCAAAACGCCAACUUCAAUUUUGACUGGUCCACAAGAUGAAAUGCAUAAAAUUUCAAACCAAGUGAAUACCACUCAUUCAGAAAUUUUACAAAAUGGGGAGAUAGAUGUCAAAUCAACUGAAGCCUUAGAAGAAAAGCUGGAUAAGGCUACAGAAAACCUGUCGAAACUUGAGUCAUCAAAGCCAGAGACCCAAACACAGGAAAUCCUGAAACCUAAAGCCAAUGAGCAGCCAAAGGCUGAAACCCCAACAACACCCAAGAUUGAACCUGCACAGCCUGGUUUAUCUUCAGCUGGGUAUCAGAAACCAUUAUCUAAAGUCCCUCCAUUUGCAGGUCAAAGACCCAAAACGCCAACAGGACCUAAAUCCAAACCAACAUAUUAUGGAUUGACUCCUGCUGAAUAUGUUGCCCAUGGAGGAAUAAAGAGUUACACACCCAGUUUUAGCAUUUCUACAACAACUGCACAGCCAAGUGGCGAGGCAACUCAUCUACCAAAACAGGAACCAGUAGUACCUCAACCUGAUGAAACUGUGACCAUGACAAAUGACAAGUCGGAGGUAAAGCCUAAAGAGCAAGUUGAAGUCCAGCCACCUCAGGCUAGUGUUGUUAAAGUGGAAACUGCUGUGGUGGCUCCACCUCCAGAGGUUCCAAAGGCAGCAUCUGAGCCAGAAGCAAACUCUGUAAGGGACAUUCCCAAGCCAACUGUGACAGAAUUAAAAGCAAAAAUUCCUGAUGUUAAAAUUCCAACUAUUGUGGUAUCUGUAGCUGAUACACCACCAUCAGAAGCAAAAGCAGAGCCAAUAAGUACUGUGACACCAAGAGUCAGAACUCCAACUUAUGGAUCUCCCAGACUUUCCCAAAUGACACCAACCCCUCCAGCUGUGAAAGUAACUCCGAAACCUGAAAGUAAGGCUGUGCCAUUAUCUGACCAAGAUGUGGGAAAGCCUACGCUUCCAAAGGUGUCAAAAGGUAAAGAUAAUGCUGAAACAACCAAAGUACCAAAGAAGCCAACAGAGGCAAAAAUGUCUUUGUUAGAGAGAAUAAAGAAGCAGAAGCUUGAAGCUGCUUCUUCUGAAAAACCUCCUGAAAAAGGAGAGGUUAAGGAUGUGGUUAAGCCACUGGCUAAACCAAAAGAAGACCAAAAGGACCUUGAAACAAAGGUCGCUGAACCUGAAAAGGUUGACAGAGUGGAGACAAAAGCUAGUCCCCAACAGGAGAUCAAGCCUGUAGUGGAAAAGAAGGAGGAGGGUGAGGAAGGCUCCUCCCUAACUGCAGAGCCUCUCUUGAAGAUGAUGCAGAAACCAAAAGGCAUGAAGUCGAAACUCAGUGGCUGGUCUCGCCUUAAGAAACACAUGGUGGUUGAAGCAGAGGAGCCCAAGUUUCCAGAGGAAGAGCCUGCGUCAAACAAAGACGUCCCUGUCAGCACUGAUCAAAAUGAAGGUGAAAUGCAAAAUAAGUCUGAAGCCGAAGCUAAGCCUAGUGAGAGCCAGGACAGUAGAGACUCCCCAAGGGCAGCAAAAAUGUGGGAUGCUGUCCUCUUCCAAAUGUUCUCCACCAAAGAGAAUAUAAUGCAACAAAUUGAAGCCAAUAAAACCGAGGAGCAAAAGAAGAUGGAGGCAGAACAGAAGACGCCAAAAGAGAUUCCCACAUUUGCGCAUCGUUUGCCAGUUCUACUGUACAGCCCGCGGUUUGACGCCAGACGACUAAAAGAGGCAGCUUCGCGACCAGCGACAAAGAUUGCAACCGUUUUUGAAAUGGGACUCAUAGGCCGCAAAAAAAAAGAAGAAGAAACAAAAGACUUUAAUAGAACAGCCAGAGGCUUCACUGUUCCUUAAACCACUGACGUCUAACUGGAUAACAUAUAAAUAAUGGGCAAGGAUGUUGUUAGCUUUGCUACAUUGUUAACAUUGCGAUUGUAGAGUUCUAUUUAUUAUCCAGUCCAAUUCUUUACAUAUGCUUUUAUAACUUUAUAACAGGUCAAUUGGCAAGUAAACUAAAAAUGACUAUCUGUCAAAUGCACAUUAACUUAUUUGCAGUAGGUAAUUGCCCACUUGUCAACUGGCAUGAGCCAUUUAAGCUAAUUAGAAUAUUGAAUAAAGAAAAAUCGUAUCAUUUUGGAGCUUUUAAAUUAAAGAGUUUAUUGUUUAAGACUUUCAAAGCUCAUCUCGGCAUUUUUUAUAAGCAUGUUAAACAUGGUAAUAUUUUGAUAAUACAUAUAUCCCAAAACAUCUUCGUCCAAAAAAAAUAAAACAAUAAUAACUUCAGCUUGCCACAAGACACACAAUCUAAGCAAAAUCAAGAGAUUGUUUUUGGGUAUGAAAAUGCAAAAUACAGGUUAUAUGACAGUUUUAGGUGUAUCUGACUUUCUUCUUUCAGACAAAGACAGAGUUAUAUUAAAAAAUGCCCUGGCUCUUCCAAGCUUUAUAAUGGCAGAUAAAGUUUUAAAUAUGGAUAUUUUUCUUACACAAACACAUUGACUCACUUCAGAAGUCCUUUAUUAACCCCAUGAAGCUGUGUGGAGCACUUUUUAUGAUGGAUGGAUGCACUUUAUUGGGAUUCAAAAUCUCAAUACUGACAUUAUAAAGCUUGGAAGAGCCAGGAAAUUGUUUAAUAUAACUUCAAUUAUUCGUCUGAAAGAAGAAAGUUGUGUACAUCUCUGAUGGCUCGAGGGUACAUAAAUCAUGGGGUAAGAUUUUUUAAUUUUUGGGUGAAAUGUUGCGUUAGGUUACCUUAGGGUUUUUUUUUUUAACACCACACCACACCUGUUUCUCAUCAAUAUGUUAUUCUAUGGUGCUUAAUGGGGCUUAAAAAGUCUUUGUGAGGAAAAGAUAUACAAAUAAGAUGGUGUUGAGGGACAAAUUGCUAUUGUAUGUUUUUGAAGGUGCAGGAACAGCUGAGUGUGAGUUUUAGGUAGGUGGGCAAGUGGAACCGGUUAACUGCGAAAGAUAUAGUAUAAGAAAGAGAUGUGUACAGUAAGUAUGCUAAGUUUUGGAAAUUUGUGCUAAGCCUUAUUAGUACUGAAAGCAAGGCAUGGCGCACUCUGCUCCGCUGCUCUACUUGGUGCUUAGUGUUGACAAAGAGCUUUCACUGAUGGAGCCUCAAAAAGGGCUUUCCAAACCUUAAAUAUAAAUGUGUGAUUAAAUGAAUAACAGUGAAUACUGAUUGUCAACUCCAACUCAUGCAUGUUCUCAUUUCAGGCUUAGGUAAUGUUAAGUUUGUAGGCUUGGCCUUUUUUGCAUGUUGGUCUUUUGUUGCAGAAACCGAGAACAUGUUCUCUUUACUGAUGCUGAUGUGUAUAAUGCUUUGCAUUUGAAGGUGCACUGUACUAGGUUUAAUGUUAUUUUAUAUAUAUUUUGUAAUAAAAUACCUGUUUUGACAGAGAA